CAAUAUUCCACAAGAUAAUCCUAACACGGACCUGUACAUAUUUGGCUCAAGCCAUAGCCAUUUUGGCUCACGCCAUCUGGAAUCAGGUCUUUUCGGCUUCAUUAGCUCGUCGCAGUUCUCAGCCGAAGCUCGCUCGGCCCGGCUGGCCCAGCGGCGGCGAUGGCUUUGAUGAUUCCGCGCGCGGGCGCGCUGGAGCAAGAGGGCCUUCAGCCCCCUGCAAUGAGCCACCUAGUGUCGGCUCGCGGCCCGGCGCACAUGGUGCUCGACGCAGGGGCCCGCGCUUAUCAGCCUGUGGGCGUCCAGGGGGGCCUCCUCGGCGAAGCAGUGCCGCCGCAGCCGCCAGACAUCAAGAGGAGAGAUGAGCUGGACCCAGACUGGGACAAUCACGUGCACGCUUUCAAGAGGCAGUAUCUGUACAUCGCCAUUGCCUAUGCGACCCCCUGCUUCUGCAUCUUCAUGUACUCGGUCUUCAAGUCGAUCCUGUACAGGGGCUGGUGGAACACGUCGGCUGGGGAGCCCUACAUGCCGCACUCGAUGAACGAGCAGAACCCGUACCGCGCAUACAUCGGGAUCCCGUCCGUCCUGGAGAUGCACAUGUGGUUCGCCUGUAUGAUGCUGGCCGCGAUCUGCGUUCAGCUUGGCUCCAUGUGGAUGGCUGUGCACACUGGCAUUGACGCCUACGGCAAGUUCCACGCCAUGUUCGGCAAGGUCACGAUGUUCGUCAUCAUCCUGGCCGCAGGGCUGGGCACCAUCGGGCUGGGCGUCUGUGACGUCCAGCCGAAGCGCGGUGCGGAGAAUCUGUUCUUCGUGGGCAUAGGUGUCGGUAUCCUCGUCUGCCUCUUCCGUGGGGUGUACGUCGCAAGCGGUGGUUUUUAUGGGCUCCACUUCCAGUACAUGGCGGCCGCCGUGGUGUUGAUAUUUUCGCCUGGAUGGAACCGAAUCAUCGCCGUGAUUCUCCGCAAUUACGUAUGGCUGUGGAGGCAUAUCGACCAGGAAUGUUUCAUCAUCAACUCCUGGGGCCAACGUGGCUUUCUGUAUUUCUGGUCAUUUCUGGCUGGGAUGAGCUUCGAGUUCUUCUGGUGGCUCGGCGUUUUCAGGGCCCCGUUCUUCAAGGCGAACUCCAUCGGCUUCGCAGUUCACGUCGUCCUGGCGGCCAUACUCUUCGCGUGCGCCUGGCAGACGUUUUACGCCUCCGCCGUUCACGGGGAACCGCUUACGACCCAGCAGUGCACGGCAGAGGACUACCAGGACUGGAAGAAUUUCACCAGCGGCGUCCGCACACAGGGCUUGUACUCGCUAUCCAGGGGCUAUGGCGUUUGCUCGGCAAACCUGUGGCAGUCUCCCCCCGGAACAUUUGUCCACUAUGGUGGCGGAGAAUAUUCCGUGUUUCGCCUCAUGAAUCACCCACAAGACCCUGUGGUAGAUGUUGGGUACAAUUGAAUGUGUAUACGUAGACACACCUGUACAGAUUAUAGAAAUGUAGGAAUGGGAAGAUGUUUGUAUAUUGCGAAGGCCUAACGGCCGGUGCCGCCGACCCUGAAGACGACGAAGGGGGGGAGCAGCGUGAGGAAGCGAGUAGGAGCAACCAAAUUCACUUAUUUGUUUGAUUCGGCAGCGCCUUCGUCCAAACAAAGUGGGCGAUGGAACUUGGUUAAUUUGAGUCCUGCCGAGCGCCUGCAUUGCCAGCAGCGUCGUUUGCGGGACCACGCAGGGCGUUUCGGGCGAUUGUCGUUGUAGCGAUCUCAAUUCCCAUGUUGGCGGUCAGUGGCGUCAAAGUUCACGCUUUUUUUUCUUCGACAAGGAAAUUGCCAGGCCUCUAAACGAAGAGGCGAGUCUUCCAACGCUUUUUUGCCGGCAUUCAUGCAUUUGAACGCACGCUGGUGCAAACACCAACGUCGCGUGUGCAGCAGCAGGUUGAGCGGAGUCGUCUUCGGCAGCCCUUGGUGCAAUCACUGCAGCGGCCCUUUGAUGCCUGUUCUACAUGUUACGCGGUGCCAGUCUGGACAGAUGGUCUGGACCCCCCCCCCCAA